AUGCCAGAGGAACGUUCCCCCCGGCUGACCCCACAGAACGUUCCCUACCAGGACCUCCCUCACCUGGUCAACGCUGACGGACAGUACCUCUUCUGCCGGUACUGGAAACCCUCGGGCGCGCCCAGGGCACUGGCGUUCGUGUCCCACGGAGCCGGCGAGCACUGCGGCCGUUACGACGAGCUGGCGCAGAUGCUGGCGGGGCUGGGCCUGCUCGUCUUUGCCCACGACCACGUCGGCCACGGACAGAGCGAGGGUGAGAGGAUGGUGGUGUCCGACUUCCACGUCUUCGUCAGGGACGUGCUACAGCACGUGGACACCGUGCAGAAGGACCACCCGGGGCUGCCCGUCUUCCUUCUGGGCCACUCCAUGGGUGGUGCGAUCUCCAUCCUCACGGCCGCGGAGAGGCCGGGCCACUUCUCCGGCAUGGUCCUCAUCUCCCCGCUGGUCGUCGCCAAUCCAGACUCGGCAACGCUUUUCAAGGUCUUCGCUGCUAAAAUUCUCAACCUCGUCCUGCCGAACAUGUCCCUGGGCCGGAUCGACUCCAGCGUGCUCUCAAGGAAUAAGACGGAGGUGGACAUCUACAACGCGGACCCCCUGGUCUGCCGGGCAGGGCUCAAAGUCUGCUUCGGCGUCCAACUGCUCAACGCGGUGUCGCGGGUGGAGCGGGCACUGCCCAAGCUGACGCUGCCUUUCCUGCUGCUGCAGGGCUCCGCCGACCGCCUCUGCGACAGCAGGGGCGCCUACCUGCUCAUGGAGUCGGCCAAAAGCCAGGACAAGACGCUCAAGAUUUAUGAAGGUGCCUACCACAUCCUCCACAAAGAGCUUCCCGAGGUGACCAGCUCCGUCUUCCGGGAGAUAAACACGUGGGUCUCGCAAAGGACAGUGGUGGCAGGAAUGGGGUGCCCACCCUGA